UUUGUCUCUGUCUCUCCUCUGUCUCUCUGUCCCUCUCUCUGUCUCUGUCUUUGUCUCUCUCUCUGUCUCUCCUCUCUCUGUGUCUCUCUCUGUCUCUGUCUGUCUCUCUGCCUCUCUGUGUCUCUCUGUCUCUGUCUCUCUGUCUCUCUCUCUGUCUCUGUCUCUCCUGUCUCUCUGUGUCUCUCUCUGUCUCUCUGUCUCUGUCUUUCUGUCUCUCUCUCACUGUCUCUCUCUCUCUGUCUCUCUCUGUCUCUGUCUCUGUCUCUCUCUGUCUCUGUCUCUCUCUGUCUCUCUGUCUUUGUCCCUCCUCUGUCUCUCUGUGUCUCUCUCUGUGUCUUUCUGUCUCUGUCUCUCUGUCUCUCACCGUCUCUCUCUGUCUCUCUGUCUCUGUCUCUCUCACCGUCUCUGUCUCUCUCUGUCUCUCUGUCUCCACACACAGCAUACAUAACAACUAUAUCAUGAGCAACUUUGUCUUCCCACGGUACAAACUGAAAUAUCUUUGGCAAAUACGUAUCCGACUAUACUGUGAAGAAAUAUUUACGUGAAAAAAGAACGCGGAGAUCUGAUAAAGCAACAGUUCAGCUCACAGCGAGGUCCUCUGUAGGACCUCGGUUGGUGGGAAGAGGCGAGAGAGCCUGCCCGUGCGUCCCACAUGGAGACGUCUGGAUUGGAAACUACCGAAAAAUGUUUCAAGGGACUCUCUCUGGGUGACACGCUGGUUUUCAGACAUUUGAUUCAGCUGCUGCAGUUUCCUCCUCCCUGACACAGGAACUGAACUGCAGGCCACGGCGAGCCAGCCAGGGAAACCGCCUUCUCCAGCCACAGCCGGCGGGGCCCUGGGCUCGGAGCUGCUGCUGGUUCUGGAGGGAGAGACCCCAGCAAGGAGGUGGUGACUCACUGGGCCGCUCCUCCCCGCCCCGGCCCGCCCCUCCCGCCCUCCCGCCCUCUGCUCUCACUCUGGCUGGGAGCAGAAGGCAGCCUCGGUCUCUGGGCGGCGGCGGCGGCCCUCCCUGCCCUGGCCGCGCUGUGUGGUGACCGCAGGCCCGAGACAUGAGGGCGGCCCGUGCUCUGCUGCCCCUGCUGCUGCAGGCCUGCUGGACAGCCGCGCAGGAUGAGCCGGAGACCCCGAGGGCCGUGGCCUUCCAGGACUGCCCCGUGGACCUGUUCUUUGUGCUGGACACCUCUGAGAGUGUGGCCCUCAGGCUGAAGCCCUACGGGGCCCUCGUGGACAAAGUCAAGUCCUUCACCAAGCGCUUCAUCGACAACCUGAGGGACAGGUACUACCGCUGUGACCGAAACCUGGUGUGGAACGCAGGCGCGCUGCACUACAGUGACGAGGUGGAGAUCAUCCAAGGCCUCACGCGCAUGCCUGGCGGCCGCGACGCACUCAAAAGCAGCGUGGACGCGGUCAAGUACUUUGGGAAGGGCACCUACACCGACUGCGCCAUCAAGAAGGGGCUGGAGCAGCUCCUCGUGGGGGGCUCCCACCUGAAGGAGAAUAAGUACCUGAUUGUGGUGACCGACGGGCACCCCCUGGAGGGCUACAAGGAACCCUGUGGGGGGCUGGAGGAUGCUGUGAACGAGGCCAAGCACCUGGGCGUCAAAGUCUUCUCGGUGGCCAUCACACCUGACCACCUGGAGCCGCGUCUGAGCAUCAUCGCCACGGACCACACGUACCGGCGCAACUUCACGGCGGCUGACUGGGGCCAGAGCCGCGACGCAGAGGAGGCCAUCAGCCAGACCAUCGACACCAUCGUGGACAUGAUUAAAAAUAACGUGGAGCAAGUGUGCUGCUCCUUCGAAUGCCAGCCUGCAAGAGGACCUCCGGGGCUCCGGGGCGACCCCGGCUUUGAGGGAGAACGAGGCAAGCCGGGGCUCCCAGGAGAGAAGGGAGAAGCCGGAGAUCCUGGAAGGCCCGGGGACCUCGGACCUGUUGGGUACCAGGGGAUGAAGGGAGAAAAAGGGAGCCGUGGGGAGAAGGGCUCCAGGGGACCCAAGGGCUACAAGGGAGAGAAGGGCAAGCGUGGCAUCGACGGGGUGGACGGCGUGAAGGGGGAGAUGGGGUACCCAGGCCUGCCAGGCUGCAAGGGCUCGCCCGGGUUUGACGGCAUUCAAGGACCCCCCGGCCCCAAGGGAGACCCCGGCGCCUUUGGACUGAAAGGAGAAAAGGGCGAGCCUGGAGCUGACGGGGAGGCGGGGAGACCAGGGAGCUCGGGACCACCUGGAGACGAGGGCCAGCCGGGAGAGCCUGGUCCCCCCGGAGAGAAAGGAGAGGCGGGCGACGAGGGGAACCCAGGACCUGACGGUGCCCCCGGGGAGCGGGGCGGCCCUGGAGAGAGAGGACCACGGGGGACCCCAGGCACGCGGGGACCAAGAGGAGACCCUGGUGAAGCUGGCCCGCAGGGUGAUCAGGGAAGAGAAGGCCCCGUUGGUGUCCCUGGAGACCCGGGCGAGGCUGGCCCUAUCGGACCUAAAGGCUACCGAGGCGAUGAGGGUCCCCCAGGGUCCGAGGGUGCCAGAGGAGCCCCAGGACCUGCCGGACCCCCUGGAGACCCCGGGCUGAUGGGUGAAAGGGGAGAAGACGGCCCCGCUGGAAACGGCACCGAGGGCUUCCCUGGCUUCCCCGGGUAUCCGGGCAACAGGGGCCCUCCCGGGAUAAACGGCACGAAGGGCUACCCCGGCCUCAAGGGGGACGAGGGAGAAGCCGGGGACCCCGGAGACGAUAACAACGACAUUGCACCCCGAGGAGUCAAAGGAGCAAAGGGGUACCGGGGUCCCGAGGGCCCCCAGGGUCCCCCAGGACACCAAGGACCGCCUGGGCCGGACGAAUGCGAGAUUUUGGACAUCAUCAUGAAAAUGUGCUCUUGCUGUGAAUGCAAGUGCGGCCCCAUCGACCUCCUGUUCGUGCUGGACAGCUCGGAGAGCAUUGGCCUGCAGAACUUCGAGAUUGCCAAGGACUUCGUCGUCAAGGUCAUCGACCGGCUGAGCCGGGACGAGCUGGUCAAGUUCGAGCCAGGGCAGUCGUACGCGGGUGUGGUGCAGUACAGCCACAGCCAGAUGCAAGAGCACGUGAGCCUGCGCAGCCCCAGCAUCCGGAACGUGCAGGAGCUCAAGGAAGCCAUCAAGAGCCUGCAGUGGAUGGCGGGCGGCACCUUCACGGGGGAGGCCCUGCAGUACACGCGGGACCAGCUGCUGCCGCCCAGCCCAAACAACCGCAUCGCCCUGGUCAUCACUGACGGGCGCUCAGACACUCAGAGGGACACCACACCGCUCAACGUGCUCUGCAGCCCCGGCAUCCAGGUGGUCUCCGUGGGCAUCAAAGACGUGUUUGACUUCGUCCCAGGCUCCGACCAGCUCAAUGUCAUUUCUUGCCAAGGCCUGGCACCGUCCCAGGGCCGGCCCGGCCUCUCGCUGGUCAAGGAGAACUACGCAGAGCUGCUGGAGGAUGCCUUCCUGAAGAAUGUCACCGCCCAGAUCUGCAUAGACAAGAAGUGUCCAGAUUACACCUGCCCCAUCACGUUCUCCUCCCCGGCUGACAUCACCAUCCUGCUGGACGGCUCCGCCAGCGUGGGCAGCCACAACUUUGACACCACCAAGCGCUUCGCCAAGCGCCUGGCCGAGCGCUUCCUCACAGCGGGCAGGACGGACCCCGCCCACGACGUGCGGGUGGCAGUGGUGCAGUACAGCGGCACGGGCCAGCAGCGCCCAGAGCGGGCAUCGCUGCAGUUCCUGCAGAACUACACAGCCCUGGCCAGUGCCGUCGAUGCCAUGGACUUUAUCAACGACGCCACCGACGUCAACGAUGCCCUGGGCUAUGUGACCCGCUUCUACCGCGAGGCCUCGUCCGGCGCUGCUAAGAAGAGGCUGCUGCUCUUCUCAGAUGGCAACUCACAGGGCGCCACGCCCGCUGCCAUCGAGAAGGCCGUGCAGGAAGCCCAGCGGGCAGGCAUCGAGAUCUUCGUGGUGGUCGUGGGCCGCCAGGUGAAUGAGCCCCACAUCCGCGUCCUGGUCACCGGCAAGACGGCCGAGUACGACGUGGCCUACGGCGAGCGCCACCUGUUCCGUGUCCCCAGCUACCAGGCCCUGCUCCGUGGUGUCUUCCACCAGACAGUCUCCAGGAAGGUGGCGCUGGGCUAGCCCACCCCGCACGCCGGCACCAAACCCUGUCCUCCCACCCCUCCCCACUCAUCACUAAACAGAGUAAAAUGUGAUGCGAAUUUUGCCGACCAACCUGAUUCGCUAGAUUUUUUUAAGGAAAAGCUUGGAAAGCCAGGACACAACGCUGCUGCCUGCUUUGUGCAGGGCCCUCUGGGGCUCAGCCCUGAGCUGGCCUCACCUGGGUUCCCCACCCCGGGCUCUCCUGCCCUGCCCUCCUGCCCGCCCUCCCUCCUGCCCGCGCAGCUCCUUCCCUAGGCACCUCUGUGCUGCGUCCCACCAGCCUGAGCAAGACGCCCUCUCGGGGCCCGUGCUGCACUAGCCUGCCUCUCCUCUGUCCCCAUAGCUGGCUUUUCCCACCAAUCCUCACCUAACAGUUACUUUACAAUUAAACUCAAAGCAAGCUCUUCUCAGCUUGGGGCAGCCAUUGGCCUCUGUCUCGUUUUGGGAAACCAAGCUCAGGAGGCCGUUGUAGACAUAAAUCUCGGCGACUCAGCCCUGUCUCCUGAGGGUCCUGCUGGUGACCGGCCUGGACCUUGGCCCCACAGCCCUGGAGGCCGCUGCUGACCAGCACUGACCCCGAUCUCAGAGAGUACUCGCAGGGGCGCUGGCUGCACUCAAGACCCUCGAGAUUAACGGUGCUAACCCCAUCUGCUCCUCCCUCCCGCAGAGACUGGGGCCUGGACUGGACAUGAGAGCCCCUUGGUGCCACAGAGGGCUGUGUCUUACUAGAAACAACGCAAACCUCUCCUUCCUCAGAAUAGUGAUGUGUUCAACGUUUUAUCAAAGGCCCCCUUUCUAUGUUCAUGUUAGUUUUGCUCCUUCUGUGUUUUUUUCUGAACCAUAUCCAUGUCGCGACUUUUCCAAAUAAAGGUUUUCUCUCCUC